CUCUCCGCUUUCUUUCUCUCUUCCUUCCUGCAGCCAGCAGACGGCGAGGUGAGCGCGCGCGGGCCCGCGGACGUAAAACGAAACCACACGGCCGCGUGCGCGCGCACAUAUGAUUAAUUAGUAAAAUGUGGCUCCCGGUAACCGGACGCCACGUCUCAUCCAAGUGUCGGGGGGUCUGCGGAGGACAGAGGCGCAGGUGAAGGGCACGGAGAGGUCCAGAUGCCAUAGGCUGCAGCGCGCGUGAGGCGGCCCCGUGCGUCCUGCGGAACCCCGUUUCCAUUGGUGGAGCCAGAAAAGGAGCCGCGGCCUUCCUCACUGCAGGAGGAGUGGACCGUCUGCGCAUUUCAGCUACCAGGAGCCACGCCGCGCCCCCCUUACUCCUGCAGCAUGACAGACCUCCCGCACUGUGCGCACCGACCCCGCGCCACGCACCGCCGCGCUUGAGGAGACCGCACCGCCUUUCCAAGCCCCCGGGAUUCGGCCUAUCGUGGUAGCCGCUCCGAGAAAUCCCUCCUCCUCUUCCUCAAAGAGCCCCCGCGCUGUGGCCUCAUAGCAGACGGAGGAAAAUGUAAACAGGAGCCGGGCUGGAUCAGAAACUCCGCACGCCUUCCACCGCAGCCUCCUCUUCCUCCUCCCAGGCCGUCCGAGAUGGAGACGGAGAGGGUCGCCCCGGAGCAGGAGGGAGAGGCAGAGCCCCCCCUGCACAGCGUCCACGGAACCCACCGGAUCCGGCCGUCCUCCUACAGGGCCCUGCGCAGCGCCGUGUCCACCCUGGCGCGCCUGGAUGACUUCAGCUGCGAGAGGAUCGGAGCGGGCUUCUUCUCCGAGGUGUUCAAG